UCGCGCAGCGGAGCCCAGGGCCAGGGAGGGGGUAGGGCCAGGGAAGCGGAGGAGGAGCCCAAGGUCCAGGAGGGAUGCGGGGGCCAGGGGCACCAAUGGGGGGGUGACCCCCGCCUCCCUCUUGGUCCUCCUAGGGAUGGAGGACUUCCUCCCGGACGGGGGAAGGAGGGGGCGCUGAGUCUUUAGGGCUUCAGCUGCGGAGUGGGCUUUGCAGUCCAGAUAGAAGGGGGGCUGGGGGCAGGGCGCGGGGCUUCCUGGGAAAUGGAGUCCCCCGCCCCGCCCCUUUUACCUGCCAGGCAGAGAGGAGGGACUACGUUUCCCAGGAUGCAACGGCGUUAAAGGCCCCGCGAGGCGGAAGCGGCUCUGAGGCUGAGGCUGGAGUGCGUACACCCCUUGGCUGUAUCUGCUUGUCUUGUGGGAUUUCUAGCUUGGUGAGACACCGUGCCCUUUGGAAAUCCCAGGAUGCCCUAGGAUGGGGCUACAGCCCUUAAAGUGGUGUCAAACUGGUAUUUCUGCAGUUGUGCGGACGCACCCAAAGAGGCAAGACCCAGCGGGACGGAGGGGAGCCCUUACUUUGCAGCCAUGGCUGGUGAAGAGGUUGACUGGACAGUGGUGGUCCUCACCUGCCAACACAAGGACAGUGUCUCUGCCUUCCAGAAAGAGCUGGAGGUGCGCCGUGCACGGGGCUUCCUGGGACGGAACCCCAUCCUGCUGACGGUCGAAGACCCCAAGGUCCAGGUGGGCAGUGGAGGAGCCACCCUCAACGCUCUGCUGGUGGCGGCCGAACACCUGAGUGCACGGGCUGGACACACGGUGGUCACGUCUGACGUCUUGCAGGACGCCUGGAUUCUUAUUCUGCACAUGGGCCGGGACUUCUCCUUUGACGACUGCAGCCGGGCCUUCACCUGCCUCCCCCUGGAAGACCCUUCUGCCCCCGUGGAGGCACUCACCUGCAACCUGGACAACCUCUUGGCCACUUUGACGCAGCAGGUCUGCAGGGGCUCCCCGCCUGGCGUCUGGGUUUGCAGCACCGAUAUGCUUCUCACGGUGCCCAGUGUGCCCAAAAUUGACUGGCAUGGAUUCCAGGGGGCUAGAGUCAUUGCUGUGCCUGGCAGCGUCUCCUAUGCAAGCCGGCAUGGGGUCUACCUGGCUGAUGAUCAGGGGUUUGUGCAAGACAUCCUCUACCAAAGUCCUGAAGACCAAAUCCAGCAGUGUGUGGGGCCAGACGGGAAGGUCCCACUGGUGUGUGGAAUCGUCUUCUUCUCCUCCUCCGAAGCCGCAGAGCAGCUCCUUGCCACCCAUGUCAUCCCGCCCCUCAACGCCUGCACCUACCUUGGGCUGGACUCAGGAGCCCCCGCCAUCCAGCUGUCCCUCUUCUUUGACAUCCUCCUCUCCAUGGCUCGGGGGGUGAGCGAGGAGGCCUUUGUGAAUGGACUGAGCCCACGGACCGGCAGCGGAGACACCCAGAAUGCAGUGGCCCUGAGGAGUGCCCGGUCGGUGCUGUGGAAGGCUCUCCACACCAUGCCACUCACAAUGGUCUAUAUCCCUGACGGCAGCUAUGACUACAUGACCACAUCUGCCAGCGACCACAUCCGCCACCUCACGGCUUCUGUGGCCUCUGCCCAUGGUGGCUCCUUCUGCAAAGUGGCACAUUCCCAUGUGGAGGAGCCUCAGCUGCUGGAAGAGGGCUGCUCCGUCACCAACAGCCUCUUGGAGGGACCAGUGGCUGUGGGACCCGGGAGUGCCAUCCAGCACUGCUGCUUGCAGGGUCCGCUGCAGAUCCGCUCCGGCUGCCUCCUCACUGGGCUGGACAUGGCAUCCUCCGAGGCCCUCCGUGGGCACCACCUGAAGGACGUGGUCAUCCAAGGGCAUGCCGUCCGGCUGAAGGGCAUCACCUGCAAGGUGUUCACCUUGAGUGGCCGUCGCGACAAGUGGGAGAGUCUGGCAGAAAAAAACGGCACCUUCCUGAACGCGCGAUGGGCUGCGCUCUUCCUCAGGACCGGAAUACGGAGACAAGACCUAUGGAGUCGCGACGUCCCAGACAACUGCCAGCGCCUCAUGAAUGCCCACCUCUUCCCUGUGCUUCAUGCUUCGGAGCCCCUUGGCCUGGGGGACCUGCUGUGGCUCUUGGGCGCCCCGGGGCCCGGUCAGCUGCAUCGGUGGCAGGCAGCCUGGCGCAUGUCCUGGGAGGAGCUGCGGGGCUGCCUGGACCAGGAGGCAGAGCUGGCCUCUCGGACGGCCAUCUUCUUCCGCCAGGGGCAGAACAGGGCCCGCAAUGCAUUGAUGGAGGGCAGCGGCCGGAGCCUCCUGCCCCUCCUCCGGUCAGCUGUCCUGGAGGGAUACCAGGAGGCCAUGCUGGACACGCUGGACGAGGUUGCCUCCAGUGCCAGGGACCCCGGAGUGGCCGCCCGGGCCUUGGCCUGCAUCGCUGACCUCCUGGCCUGCAUGGCAAAGGGGGAAGGGGGCCUGCGGAGCGGACCAGCAGCCAACCCAGCCUGGGACCCUGCCUUCCAACACCUUGAGAGGGGCAGCAUUUCGGAGGGUGUCAGGGCCCUUGCCAUGGAGAGGAAGAAUUGGCUCCACAGGCCAGUUCUACUGGUCCGAGCCGCCCGGCACUACGAAGGCGCUGAGCAGAUCCUCAUCCGCCAGGCUGUGAUGUCUUCCUGCCAGUUUGUCCGCCUUCAGCCGGCAGAGCUGCCCCCGCUGGGCUGCUGGGUGACCGUGGAGUGUCCAGCCCGGAUUGACCUCUCAGGCGGCUGGAGUGACACUCCUCCAAUCACCUAUGAGCACGGAGGAGCAGUGGUGGACGUGGCUGUCCUGGUGGACGGGCAGAGGCCGAUCGGGGCCCAGGCCCGGCGCCUCGCAGAACCGGAGCUGCGCCUGAUGAGUGCCAGCGGGAGCCUGGAGGGAGAGCUGGUAGUGGACCUGGUGUGUCGGGAGCUGGAGGACCUGAGGGAUUACUGCCAGCCCCAUGCCCCCGGAGCCUUGCUGAAAGCAGCCUUCAUCUGCACGGACAUCGUUGACCUCUCUUCACAGAAGCCUUUACGCGAACAGCUGACUGAGCGCUUUGGAGGAGGUUUCGAACUCCACACCUGGUCUUGUCUGCCCCAUGGAUCAGGGCUGGGCACCAGCAGCAUCCUGGCAGGGGCUGUGCUGGCGGCUUUGUACCAGGCGUCUGGGCGCUCCACCUCCGUCCAGUCCCUAGUCCACGCUGUCCUCCACUUGGAACAAGUCCUCACCACAGGUGGAGGGUGGCAGGACCAGGUGGGCGGCCUGUUUCCUGGCCUGAAGGUUGGGCGCUCGAAGGCUCAGCUGCCGCUGAAGGUGGAGGUGGAGCAGAUCUCCAUUCCAGAGGGCUUCAUGAAGAUCCUCAAUGAGCACCUCCUCCUCCUUUACACGGGGAAGACCCGUCUUGCACGCAACCUGCUCCAGGACGUUCUCAGGAACUGGUAUGCCAGGAUGCCCACCAUCGUGCAGAACACCGAUGCUCUGGUGGACAAUGCAGAAGAGUGUGCCCGGGCCCUUCAACAAGGCGAUCUCUCUCUCUUGGGCAAGUGCCUCAACUGUUACUGGCUGCAGAAGAAGACCAUGGCACCAGGUUGUGAACCUUUGGCCGUCAGGCGCAUGAUGGAUAUGCUGGAGCCACUGGUCUAUGGACAGAGCCUGACUGGGGCAGGAGGUGGGGGCUUCCUCUGCAUCUUAACACAGGAGCCCCGACAGCAAGAGCUCCUGCAGAAGAUUCUGGCAAAAACAGAGGGCCUGGGAAAUGUCAGCAUCCACAUGGUGGAAGUAGACACGGCCGGCAUCCAGAUGCACUUUCAGGGAGACAAGGAUGGCAUUGUCCAGCCAGCGGAAGGACUGCCGCUUUCCUUGCCCACAGCCUGCUAGGAAGGCCAGGCCAGGCCAGAGCGUUCCCCCAGGGUGACUGAUAAAGAACCACAGCAGAUCUUCUGCUGUCUGGACUGGAUGGAAAUGGAGCACAAGAAGCCCCUGGCUACAAGCUGGCUCUCUCAAAACGGGGUGGGGGCAGUGCUGGAUGUAAGUGGAGGGCAGCCCAGGGUUUGUCAGUGGAAUUUACAAAGCCAUCCUUGUGUUUUCUACCUGCAUUUGCCCAGAUUUGCAAGAAGAGGAGAAAAGCUCUGUCAGUUCUUGGGAUAAAGGCCUGGAGGAGUCCAGCACACCUUUCUAAAUGGCACCUCAGGGAAGCCCCCUCCCCUCGGUGGGGGGGGGGGGCACGAGAGCCUCCCCCAGUUCCUUUCGGGAGUCUUGGGCAGAUGUCCCUGAAGGUCUGUGUUGAAUGAGAGUCCAGCACAUCUAACAGAAUGAGGUAAAGCUGAAAGUGGAUCAACACAGAGCUUUUCUCUCCAAACUUUAUUUCCUUCAGCAGCUCAAUGGAUCCAGACCAGGUCUGGUUGGGGACCAGAUCACUGCCAUUACAUUUGUUUCUGUUCUAAACUACCCAAUAUCUUUUUAGCCAGCCAUAACUGGAGGAUAAGGUCAGAAUGAUGGGUAAAUAGUCUUUAUUUGGCAGCCAGUGACCAACUGCUAAUCUGAAUAGAUAAGAAAGGUUGUGUAUAUACUGUGAUUUAAAGACUCGAGGGGGGAGGGAAUGUGUACUCAUAGAUAAAAGAUAAAUUUGCACCUUUCAAGUUCCCGACAUUUAACUCACAGGUUGAGCCAGUUGUUCUUUGUGAAGGAGACUUCUUAUCUUCUGCAACUCUAGCUAAUUUUUGAUGUUGAAGAACCUACUCUCUUUGAGGAGAGGGCCAAAAGGACCCUCAAUAAAAAGUCACAAGCACAAAAUGCAUUGCGUGGACUUCAAAAAUUCUGUCCUCUUGAACGUUUUCUGGGAAGAAGCAGAAGUCCAGAAGAACUGUUGUUUAGGUAUCUGCCCAGAGGAAAGCAUCUGUGAAUCCCACAAAUUUUAACCUAAGCAACUGUAGUGGGAAAGAGCCUUAAGUCACAGAUUUUGACUGGCCCUUUUGGGGAGAACACCCAGCUGAGUUCCUGCCAGUACAAAAGGAGAGCGCUCUGCAUGGGCAUCAGAGGCGCAGCCGCUUGAUGUCUUCGCUGCGGAAAUCCAUCCGGAGUGCCAGCACCUGACGGACUUCGGCCGGGGUCAAACGCCAUGUCAGUGGUCCUGAGUUUGGCCCCCAGUAGUCUAAGAUCUCCGUUACCUGAGGAGAAGAGGGAAAACAGAAAUCAUUGAGCCUUUUUAAGGACAUCCCCUCAAAGGAGCAGAGACUGACUCUGUUCUUUGAAGCAGACAAACUUGGCACUGUGUUCAUCUGAAAUUCCACAAGGAAAAAGAAGGUGCCCAUCAGCAUUUUCAAUGUGGAGACCUGGGACAUGCAAUGGGCAGCACCUUCUCCAGGACCCAAGAGCAAGAACUACUCACCCGUUCCAGGUUGAGGAUGGUGGCCAUCUGAGAGAGCCGGGCAAACUUGUCACGGAUGGUCCAGGUAGUGACUGUGGUGAGGUAGGCAAUAAGGGAACGCAGCUCUUUAUCAAAUUGCAGCCCACCAAGCUGAAAAAAUAAAUGUGUGGUGAUAGUGGGGCAGGAGAUUCUUCAGAAUUUGGUGGGAGGUCUGCUGAGCAAACCCCAGCCGUUCCCCUCAAGCCGUUCACUGCCACUCUCGGAAAAAGCCCAAGAAAUUUAUCAAGCUGGUGGGCUUGGGUUGAUGUAACUUCGGUAUGAGUACCACUUUGUGAAACUGAUUUGAAAUAAAGGAUCAAUAUGUUUGUGUAAAGGAA